GGAUCACACACACAUACACACGCGCCUUCCUCUCCUGCAGCCUCUCGCGCGGCGGAACAGCCUGAUGCCAUGAGCGCGGACGCAUCCUCCUCCAUCCUGUGCUGAACCAUGCGCUGCCGGCUGAGCCCUGCUGGAAUGAACCGACUGAGAGGGGCUUUCAAGGGACACACCUGUGGAUUUGCGCCGUCAAGAUGCCUUAUUUGACCAAACCUCUGAUUUUACUCCUAUGUCUGGUCGUUACCGGGGAAUGCCGUAAGCACAGCCACCGGGUACGGAGAUGGACCGGUACCGUGGAGACCCAAAAGCAUGGCACCUCCCUGGCAAAGAAACCUCCAGAUGUGACCAAGUCUCGCAAAAUGAAGACAGAGCAUCUGCUCAAAGUAGAUGAUCAUGACUUCACCAUGAGGCCGGCGUUUGGAGGUCCCGCAAUCCCCGUUGGAGUGGAUGUUCAGGUGGAGAGCUUAGACAGCAUCUCUGAGGUCGACAUGGACUUCACCAUGACCCUGUACCUGAGGCACUACUGGAAAGAUGAGCGUCUGUCGUUCAGCAGCAGCACCAAUAAGAGCAUGACCUUUGACGGCCGCUUGGUCAAGAAGAUCUGGGUCCCUGACGUCUUCUUCGUCCACUCGAAGAGGUCUUUCAUCCACGACACCACCACGGACAACAUCAUGCUUCGAGUGUUUCCUGAUGGACAUGUGCUCUACAGUUUGAGGGUGACGGUGACGGCCGCCUGUAACAUGGACUUCAGCCGCUUCCCACUGGAUUCUCAGACCUGUUCACUGGAGCUGGAGAGCUAUGCCUACACUGAUGAGGACUUGAUGCUGUACUGGAAGAGCGGCGACGAGUCUUUAAGCACCGACGAUCGCAUCUCCUUAUCACAGUUCCUCAUCCAGAAGUUCCACACCACGUCUCGCCUGGCCUUCUACAGCAGCACAGGCUGGUACAAUCGUCUUUACAUCAACUUCACAUUGCGACGCCACAUCUUCUUCUUCCUGCUGCAGACGUACUUCCCCGCCACGCUUAUGGUGAUGCUGUCAUGGGUGUCCUUUUGGAUCGACCGCCGAGCCGUGCCGGCCAGAGUUUCCCUGGGCAUCACCACAGUGCUGACCAUGUCCACCAUCAUCACCGGCGUGAACGCAUCGAUGCCCCGGGUGUCCUACAUCAAGGCCGUGGACAUUUACCUGUGGGUCAGCUUCGUCUUCGUCUUCUUAUCUGUGCUGGAGUACGCCGCUGUCAACUACCUGUCGACUGUGCAGGACAGACGUGAGCGCAAGAUGAGAGAGCGUGCACGGUCCCAGUCUCUGCCAUGCACCUGCGGGAUGUCCCAGACCCGAACCAUGACCAUGCUAGACGGUACCUACAGCGAGGCCGACACCAACAGCUUGGCCGGAUACACCGAGGAGCCCAUGGUGCCCGAGGAGGAACAGGAGGAGAUGCACGACGUUCCCGAAAAACCUGAACACAUGGUGGUCCAUCUGUCAGUGAGUAGCGAGUCCACCACCACGAAGAAAAAGAAGAGUCUCCGUGCGCUCAACAUCAUCCAGAACACACAUGCCAUCGAUAAAUACUCCCGGAUGAUUUUCCCUGGUUCGUACAUCUUCUUCAACCUAAUUUACUGGUCCGUCUACUGCUGAAAGCCAGACUCAAAGAGUCCGAACAGAGGCCACGUAUAUGAACAUACGGACAGUAUGAACGCUGCUUUCAAAUUGGACACUUGUGGACAACCGACAGUGCUGUUGUACUGUAUGUCUGCCGGUAGAUCAUUGGGUUUAAGGCCUUAGAGAACAGCACUAAAGAGAUCAACCUUAUUCCCUCUGUGCAGACUUGGCGACCGAUCAAAGCGCUCCUUUUUAUUUAUUUUUCCUCACGCAGCAAUUUGAAUGUUCAUAACUGCUGUUUAAAUGAAUAAAAGAAUAAUCUGAAUGAUAUUUGUAAACUGCUGAUGCUCAUUCUCUCAGUCUUUUUUCAGCUUUGUCAAGUCAGCUGCUGUUGAAAAAGCUCUUUGUACUCAUGACUGCUUUUCCUAGAGUUUAUCAUAUGAUGUUGGCUCCGGCUAAAGGAAGAGCCACAUUUUACAAUUGACUUGUAAAUUAAGCUAAGCUAGACUUUGUUUUCUUCCUGUGAGGUUGACGGAUCUGUGUAAUUUAAUUUCUCUGUGAUGAGCUGCAAGAUGAGAUUAAGGUUGUUAUAAUGCUGUUGGACAAAUUAUCUCGCAAUCAUGACUGUAACUAUCCCUUUAUCUCAAAAUAUAUUGUUUUCUUGUGAUCUCAACUUUCUUCUCAUUACCUCAUGACAGCAAAUGUUGAUUAUAGCUUCCUUCUUAAGUGAAAGAUAAUAAUGUGAUUCUAAUUUAAUGUUUAUGUUAUGUAGACUAAGUCAGUCUAACAGCUCUAUGCAGCUUUGAAGUAACGGCUAAUGUUAGCUCGCUAACACGCAAACAAAAACAUGUUCUGCAGCUAAAGUUUCAUCAUUUUAGCAUAUUUGCUUUUUUGCAGUAAAGACAAAGAACAGAUGAGUCUGACAGGUGUCAUUAAUUUGUAUUUGGUCAAAAACUAUAAUAUGUAACAAACUGACCUGACAGUGACACUAAAAAAAAAAAAAAAAAAAAAAAAAAUUCCAUGGAUUACCAAAGUUGCUACAGUUCAGACUAAUGGGGGCAGGAGUGGGUUGAUGCUAGAAUAGAUUGUCCACUGGACUGUGAUUGGCUGUUUCAUUGCACAGCUGUGAUUGGUUCAUGAGAUGUUGCAAUCAAAUCAAGUCAGAAUCAAAUUUUAUUUGUAUAGCACCAAAUCAUAACAAAAAUCAUCUCAUGACACUUUACAUUUAGACCAGACUCUUGAUAAGCCACUAACUAUGUCAUAAUGUGCUGAUACCAAUAGCAUAGCAUGCUAAUCAUGUAUAGCAUCUCUUUACUUCAGUACACUAAAGAGUGGUUUUAUGGUCAUUAACUUGUUCAUAAAACUCUUUGGCAUAACGGUUGGCUAAAUGUAGGUAUAAUAUGAACACAGGCAGUUGUGGACUUUGCUCAGGUCUGCUCUGUUUUGCUACUGACUGACAGGUGACCUAAAUACCUUUCACCAACCUCUCUCCAGACUGAAAGUGUAAGUGGUACAUCUGUACCACCUAAAAUGACUGCUCUGUACGAAGUCAGAAAACAGUCUCAGAGUUCAAAGUGAUAGCAUGAUAAAGCUGCUUUUCCAAACAACCACAAGAAAGAAAGCUUAAAUUUUGAAUCAUUAAGUCCAAAAUAGUUGAUGAUUAAUAUCCAGUCAACCAAAAAAUUUAAGUUUUAAGUUUAAUCUAUAAUAAA